ACUUCAAGGUCAUUGAACCUACCUACUCCGUGAAUAUACCCCGGCAAAAUGGAGUCUGCAGACUUAAUUCCGCUCAUUGAACAGCUGGACGAUAAUGUCGAUGACCUCGAAGAGGCACUUGUGCCGAUCCUGGAGAGCACCGUCAUAGAAUCGUCUAAGAAGCUGCCGGUUCUAGACAAAGCGAAAUUUCAUGUCUUGAUUACUUAUGCUUUGGAAUCACUGAUCUUCUCGUAUUUGCGCUUACGCGGUGUAAAAGCUACAGAGCAUCCGGUUUUUAGAGAACUAACGAGAGUGAGACAAUACUUCGACAAGAUAAAGACACUGGAGACAGAACCAGAGCAGAGGACCAUGGUGCUUGAUAAACAAGCUGCCGGGCGCUUUAUUAAACAUGGGCUUGCCGGAAACGACAAAUAUGAUUUGCAACGGGAGGAACAAAUGGCCAAGGAGAAGGCUCGCGCGCAACUGAAAGCAUCACUCUUAGCUAAGAAACCAAGCACCACGCCCGAGGCAUCUUCCAAGGCUGCUUCAAGCGAUUCGGAACAUUCCAACGCCAACACCGGACCUGCGAGCGGGGCCGAGGAGACCAAAGCCUCACAAAAUAUGAAAACUCCCGAAAACGAUGCUGGCCCUACCCGGAGACACAAGAAUGGCAAAACUAAAUCCGAUACGAAAGACGGCAAACAUAAAAAGGGUCGCAGUAAGGAAGAGCGCAGGGAGCGCCGCAAUGAGAGAAGGAAAAAGAAAGAUGAGUCGAGGAAAGCAAGAAAGGAAACAUGAUCGCAGUUGCUACUCAACUGAAUGGUUCAUGUCCAAUGCAAUCCACGCAUAAAGGUCUGCCAUCGGCACUCAAUAUGACGGCCCAUGCACUUCGGUUUCGAUAGAUGUCUUCGACCCUCGGUCGGUCCAAUGGUUCGCAAAUUUACCAUAGAAGACUUCGAGAAUGAGCGGGUGGAAGCUCACAGGAGAGAUCUUGCAGUAAGGCGCCCACAAGGUCUUGCGGUGCUCGCGAUUCCCAACCGAUAAUUGUUCUGUGGCAAUUACGCGUAUAAUACGAGCAUAAAAACAUCCACAGCUUACCGCAACGCUCAGUAUCCAGAGCAAGUGACUCACAGUGUCAGCGACACUCGCCACUAUCCGGGGCCGGAGAUACCGGGUUUAAUGUAUAUCUAUGUUUGCAAUUCAAUUCAAACGAACGAGUUAGAAUAUUCACAUACAAUAGAACUGGAUAGUUUGAAGUUAAUUCUGUCA